AUGGUAUCUCUUGCAGAAAGUCCCGAGCUACCACCUCCAAGAUGCGGAAUAAUUCCGAAAAAUAUAUACUCAUGCAUGGGAAAUCCGAGGGUCGUGAAAUUUGAUGUGUCUAACAAGUGUGGUGCUUCAGAUACUCAGUGCGACCGAAUGACUUGUCUAUUCAGAGAGUCCGGUUUUAUGAAUGGGGACAAAGUAGACACUAAGAAGUUGAUAGAGCAUUUUAAUGAAUAUAAGAAGCAAUCUCCUGAGUGGACCUCUGCGGUGGACCAAUUGCAGACGUCGUGUAUCACCAACAAUCUGCCCCCGCAAGGAAUUUACAUUAACUGCCCAGCUUACGAUGUGAUGAUGUGUGCUUUGACCAGCUUCAUCAGGAACGUGCAACCUUCGCAGUGGUCCACAGAUCCGAGCUGUGCACGAGCGCGUCAGUACGCAACACAUUGCCCCGUGUGCCCCAACGAUUGCUUUUCCCGUCUCAUUCCUACUGGCACUUGCAACUCUUGCCAACUGCUGCCACGAUCGCCAUGA